AUGUCAGAGUACACAUCUCAACUGCGUACACAAGCAUCUGUAUCAGGAUUGAAUGCGUCGACGGACACCAUAGGCAAUCCGAUAAUCCCCCAGGGACUCACACAAGCUCGUCGACAUGCGCAACACAAGCCUCGCUUUGCUGAAUUCGCAUGCAGUUUUGCGGAGGUGUCCCGAUAUGCGAUCCUUGCUACCAAUGCAGUCAUCCCAAGGGCAUUCUGGGGCUCUGGCGCUAAUCGCCGAGUGGUCUACAAACGUAGGCAGUGCAUUAUCGAUGGGCUACGAAUUAGGCUCAUCAAGUACGCAGACAUCCAGGGCUUCAUCGCCUCCAGACGAUAUGAGAAGACAACAUUGCAUAACGUUCUACAAGUCUUCAGCGUCACAGAAUGCGACUGGCUCGCUCCUGAUAGCGCCGCUGCCAAAAUCCAAUCGCGCGUGUCCGUCACUGAUGCUUUGAAGCGGCGAGAGCUGCUCGAAGAAUUCUUGUUCUGGUAUUAUGACUCGUUCUUGAUGCCCCUACUCAAAGUUCGUGUAGAUAGGAAUGCUUGCGCCUGGAAAUUGGUCGCUGACAUUUUCUCCCUAUAGACAACAUUCUACAUCACCGAAUCGUCGGCUUUUCGUAGGCGGGUGCUGUACUUCCGUCAAGACGACUGGUCGACACUCUGUGCGCCACUAAUCGAUAAACUGAGCCAUGACACAUUCCAGAAGAUCGAACAGG